GCAGCGUACAGUGAAGCGGAGGCAGAGCGGCUCCGCGAGCUCCUCUCCACUUUCCCAUAGAGCCAGCCCGACUGGCCGGCGAGGGCGAGCCACACACACGCCCUCGCGCCCGGCGAGCCCGCGAGGUCCCUAUCAUAUGACAAAGGCUUUGCCGCAGUCCAUCCUCAACCCUGUGUACUUUCCUUUGCCUUCCUGGAAUCCUGCUGCAUCACAGAAGCUGGAAGUUCUGAUGGUCCAUUGAACUCACAAUGGAAAGUCUUGACUUGACUGGCAUCCUCAGGAAGACCCCAAGCCUCUAGCAGUACCUGAUAUCAUCUCCAGCAUGUUUAUAGAUGUGAAGGAUUCACUGGGAUAUUGAGAAAUACCAGAGGCGAAUUGUUCCACUGUAGUCACAGUAAUGAAAGGCAGUAAUAGAAAUAAAGAUCAUUCAGCAGAAGGAGAAGGAGCUGGAAAACGACCAAAAAGAAAGUGUCUUCAGUGGCAUCCCUUGCUAGCAAAGAAACUUCUUGACUUCUCAGAAGAGGAGGAAGAGGAAGACGAAGAAGAAGAUAUUGACAAGGUUCAACUUCUUGGGACUGAUGGCCUAGAACAAGAUGUUGGUGAAACUGAAGAUGAUGAAUCACCAGAACUGCGAGCCCGGAGACCAAUGAAUGCAUUUCUCUUAUUUUGCAAACGCCAUCGCUCUCUUGUACGUCAGGAACAUCCCAGGCUUGAUAACCGAGGUGCUACCAAGAUACUAGCUGACUGGUGGGCUGUUCUCGAUCCAAAGGAAAAGCAAAAAUAUACAGACAUGGCCAAGGAGUAUAAAGAUGCAUUUAUGAAAGCAAAUCCUGGCUACAAAUGGUGUCCUACUACUAACAAGCCUGUGAAAUCCCCAACAUCCACUGUCAAUCCACGAAAGAAGCUGUGGGCCUUCCCAUCUGACUCUUCAAGAGAUUUGCCAAGCCCUAAGAAAGCAAAGACUGAAGAUAUGCCUCAGCUCAAUUUUGGGAUGGCUGAUCCUACUCAGAUGGGAGGCCUGAGCAUGCUGCUUUUGGCUGGAGAACAUGCUCUUGGCACACCAGAGAUACCCUCUGGCACUUGUAGGCCUGAUAUUUCAGAAUCACCUGAAAUGCGUCAGAAGUCACCAUUAUUUCAGUUUGCCGAGAUAUCUUCAAGUACAUCCCACCCUGAUGCUCCUUCAAAACAGUGUCAGGCAUCAGCCUUGUUUCAGUUUGCAGAGAUUUCUUCAAACACUUCACAGUUGGGUGGUGCCGAGCCUGUAAAACGCUGUGGAAAGUCUGCGCUUUUUCAACUGGCAGAGAUGUGCCUGGCAUCAGAAGGAGUGAAAAUGGAAGAAUCAAAGCUAAUAAAGGCAAAAGACCCAGAUAGUGGAAGGAUGAAGGAAUUGGAGAAGGGAAGGGAAGAAAGAGAAAUAAAAAUGGAGAGAACAGAUGAAAUCAGGUUACAGAAGGAAGCAGAAUUUGAAAAAUUGGCUAGAGAAAAUAUAAGAGAUUCAAAGGAAGUGAGAAAUUUUGAAGAGUUACACAUGGAUGAUAUAAUGCCUAUUAAAAUGGAAAAUCUCAAAGAAAUUAAGAAAGAAGAGUUCGAGGAAGAUCAAAAAUGUAGUCACUUUCCUGAUUUUUCUUACUCUGCCAGUAGCAAGAUAAUAAUAAGUGAUGUUCCUAGUAGAAAGGAUCAUAUGUGCCAUCCUCAUGGAAUUAUGAUCAUCGAGGAUCCCACAGCAUUAAACAAACCAGAAAAGCUAAAAAAGAAGAAGAAGAAAAGUAAAGUGGAUCGACAUGGAAAUGAUAAGUCCACACCCAAGAAGACCUGCAAAAAAAGGCAGUCUUCCGAGUCUGACAUUGAGAGUGUCAUAUACACCAUUGAAGCCGUGGCGAAGGGAGACUGGGGCAUUGAAAAACUUGGAGAAACCCCUCGCAAGAAGGUUCGCACAUCCUCUAGUGGCAAGGGAAGCAUUUUGGAUGCCAAGCCACCAAAGAAAAAAGUGAAAUCGAGAGAGAAGAAAAUGUCAAAGGAGAAAUCCUCAGACACCACCAAAGAGUCAAGACCUCCAGAUUUCAUUAGUAUUUCUACCAGCAAGAACAUUUCUGGUGAGGUGCCAGAGGGUAUAAAAGCAGAACCAAUGACACCCACGGAAGAUACUUUACUACCCAGCCUACCUGGACAGGCCAAGCCUGAAGACAGUGACUGUCACAGGAAAAUAGAGACUUGUGGCUCCCGGAAAUCCGAGAGGUCUUGCAAAGGUGCUCUUUAUAAAACCCUAGUGUCAGAGGGCAUGCUCACCUCUCUGCGAGCUAAUGUGGACCGCGGCAAACGAAGCUCAGGAAAAGGAAACUCCUCUGAUCAUGAGGGGUGUUGGAAUGAAGAAAGCUGGACAUACAAUCAAAGUGGAACCAGUGGGAGCAAGAAAUUUAAGAAGACGAAAUCUAAGGAAGAUUCUCUCCUUGGCUCAGCAAAGCUGGAUGAAGAAUUUGAAAAAAAAUUCAGCAACCUCCCUCAAUAUAGUCCCGUUACAUUUGACCGUAAAUGUGUAUCUGUCUCAAGAAAAAAGAAGAAGACUGGAAACACGUCCUCAGAGCAAACUAAAACCAGCAAAGGUCCUUUCCAGUCCCAGAAAAAGAAUUUAUUCCACAAAAUUGUCAGCAAAUAUAAGCACAAAAAGGAGAAGUCUAAUGUUCCGGAAAAAGGAAGUGGGGAUAAAUGGUCAAACAAGCAACUCUUCUUGGAUGCUUUUUACCCACUAGAAGCCAUAUUUUCAGAAGACAAAAACACCACAGAGCCUGUUCAUAAGGUUAAAAAUGUCCCAUCCAUUCUCAACACUCCAGAGCCAACAACAAUUCAAGAACCCUUGGUGGGCAGCCAAAAGAGAAAAGCAAGGAAAACCAAGAUCACACACCUUGUCAGGACAGCAGAUGGCCGAGUCUCACCAGCUGGAGGUAGCUUGGAUGACAAACCAAAGGAACAACAACUGCAGAGGAGUCUCCCUAAGGUAACUGAGACAGGCUGCAGUGACGAAUGCUCACACAAUGCCGAGGCCACAGAGACUCGAAGCAGCACUCCCGAGAUGCCCGCAGUGUCCGCCUUCUUCAGCCUUGCCGCACUGGCUGAGGUGGCUGCCAUGGAAAAUGUGCACAGAGGUCAGAGGUCAACCCCGCUCACCCAUGAUGGACAGCCAAAAGAAAUGCCACAGGCUCCUGUUCUUAUUUCCUGCGCUGACCAGUGAAGCGUUCUUUAAUUGUAAAACAUGUGCUUUACCUACUACCCUAGCCUUGUCUUUACAGAGGGAUGCUAGUGAGUCCAUAUGGUGGAAAAUACAGACUGCAAACAAGUGCUUGUAGCCCAGUAUGGCCCAGAUUCACUUGAAGCAGAAGUUAGCAUCCUGGGCCAGUUUGUUCUUUUGGAACCCAGAACCUUUGUGGGUAAUGUUGUCUGAGAAUGAGCAGAGACUGAAUGAUCUCAGAGCUUUGCUUUCUAUUGAAGGCUUUCGGUGGUAAUAGGUGGUUACUUGGUAAAAGGCUGCCUUUACUGUAGCUCAUUCAGCAUCUCUUACCAACCAGAGAUUGUGAAACUAGUUUCGUAUAUUGCCUAGUUAUUCUUUCAAAACAAAAAAAAAAAACAAAAA